GGUACUAAUUAUAAUGGGAAAUAAAAGUAAAGAAAAAAGAAAAGCCAGAAAACGGCAACUCUCAAAUUCGAAAACAAACGAAGAUCUGGAAGUAAUCGAAGUGUCUCUUCAAAAGAAACGUCUUCUCGAUGACAACUUCCGAAUAGUUCAAGCGGGUUCUGCUGAGUUGGAGGAGAAAGAAAAAGCAUUGGAGAUCUUACCGACUCGCGAAGUUCUAGGCAAUCAAUUAGUCGCUGCUAUCAGAAAUCACCAUUUUGCAAUUAUCGAAGGACCGCUUGGCUGUGGAAAAUCAUUUUUGGGACGCUAUGCCGCACAAACUCUGGGACUUCCGCUGCAUAUCAUGCAGAUGGGCGAUCAAAUUGAUUCUAAGACGUUGUUCGGAUCCUAUCACUGCACAGAAGUUGCCGGCCAGUUCGUCUGGAAGGAAUCUGCUUUCGCCACGUGGCUCCAAGCACCCGGUGUUGUACUUCUCGAGGACAUCGACGCAGCAAACGCCGAUGUAAUCUCAAAAAUCGUCGACAUUGCAAGCCAUCGUCAAACAAAUGCAUCGACAUCGGACAAAUCCUCGCAUUUUCACGAAGAAAUUCGAAUUAUUGCAACAAUGAGUGGAAAAGGAAAGAAAGCCGCUGUUCUAGACGGCGUUCCAGUUCGAAUUCGCGUCGAUCAGCUCACCGAUGAUGAAUUGAAGCGUCUCGCGUCGAAAGCCUUCCCAAGGAUCGCCCAUCUUGCCAGAACCCUGAUUUCCACGUUUAGAAAGAUUGAGAAUGUUCCGGGAACUGGAAAUUCGAGACAAAUGACAUCAACAGACUUCCUACGUGGCUGUGCCCGAUUGGCACUUCUUCCGGAUAUUUCUGCAAAUGUUGAGAGUUUUGCGGAGCUGAUUGAUGUUUGGUGCCUUGCCGAUCCAAGACAACGGUCUUCUCAAUUAUGCAAUAUUAUUGCCGCAUCUCUGAACGUUAACCAAGACCGUGUGCACACUCAUCUCUCAGUCCGUCAGCCAGAAGUGAAAUACGAUGAAAAAGUUGUAUCAGUUGGCCGAGCCCAUCUUCCACGAAAAAUGUCAAUGAUCAAGACGGGACGACAUCGACUCGGUCACACCCGUGACGUCGUUCAACUGAUGGAACGGAUCGUCGUCUGUGUCUCUCAUAACGAACCGCUCCUUCUCGUCGGAGAAACUGGAGUCGGAAAGACGUCUGUUGUCCAGGCGGUCGCUGACCUGAUCGGAGUCACGUUGGACGUGGUGAAUGUGAGCCCGACGUCUGAUUCGGAUGAGCUCAUUCAAGGAUACAAGCCAACUACGAUCGGCAGGCUGAUGGAGCCAUUCACCAAGUUCUACAUGGAAGUUUUCACCAAAAACUUUGACUCAAAAAACAAUCAAAAAUUCAUUGACAAUUUGGAAAAGUGUCUUUCCUCGGGAAGAUUCAAGGAUUAUCUGAGCCUCGUUGAAGCAACAGCCAGCAAAGCUCUUCAAAGAAAAGGACAAAAGGAUGAACGAUGGGCUGAACUACUCGUGAGAUCUCGUCAGAUCAGAGAUGGAUUGGAAAAGGGAGCUGCACCGUUUGCUCUUCAAAAGGGAGCAGUGCUGGAAGCUGCUGAAAAAGGACAUUGGCUUCUUGUAGAUGAGAUCAACUUGGCACCUCCAGAGUGUCUAGAUGCAAUUGUUCAUGCUUUAUCGGCUCCUGGAACUCAUCCGAACUUCCGACUCUUUGCGUGUAUGAAUCCAGCGACGGAUGCUGGAAAACGACGACUUCCACCAGGAGUUCGUACCAGAUUCACAGAGUUUUUCGUCUCUGAAACUGCGGAUCCACAUCAACUUUCGCUAAUUGUUUCUGCAUAUCUUCCAACCGUAUCUCAGCAAUUUGUUGAGAAUCUUGUCAAAUUCUACCUCUCUGCAAAGCAGCUCUAUCCAUCCAGUUACUCACUUCGUACACUCUGCCGAGCACUACUUUUCACCGCUGACAACAUGUUCGGAAGUGUAGAUCAAUCGAUUUACGAGGCUGUUUCAAUGGCUUUCCUGACGAAUUUAGAGAGUGAGGAGAAGAAGGUGAUGACGGUGAAGAUUCAGGCAGCGUUUCGAUUCAAAGUCGGAGUUAUGCCAGUUCCCAAGCAUCCGGAGAAUUAUGUGAAGAUUGGUGGAUACUACGUGGAAAAGGGCACCCAACUGACGGAAAGCGAUCCGAAAUACGUCAUCACUAAAACAGUCAAAGGAAAUUUAUCUGAAAUCGCGAGAAUUGUGUGUAGUGGCCGGUUUCCGAUCCUUCUCGAAGGUGAGACCUCUGCCGGAAAAACGUCGAUUGUGUGUCACCUGUCAAAGGCUACUGGAAACCGGAUUGUUCGGAUUAAUAAUCACGAACACACGGAUGUUCAGGAGUAUAUGGGAUCCUAUGUUGCUGACGCUGGAGGACGACUGGUAUUCCGUGAGGGAGCCCUGGUACAGGCGGUUCGAGAUGGUUCUUGGGUGAUUUUGGAUGAGCUCAAUCUGGCGCCGACUGAUGUCAUUGAGGCGUUGAAUAGGCUUCUCGACGACAAUCGUGAGCUUUUCGUUCCGGAAAUCAACGAAACAAUCAAAGCACAUCCUCGAUUCCGACUAUUCGCCACUCAAAAUCCAGCCGGCUCUUACGCGGGAAGAAAGCGGCUCUCAAGAGCUCUAAUGUCUCGAUUCAUCGUCCUCCGCUUCCAUCAUUUGCCAAUUGAAGAGCUCUCCGAGAUGGUUUGUGCCAGAUGUGGAGUCCCACCGAACGCGUCGCUGAAAAUGAUUGAAGUGCUCAAUGAGCUCCGGAAUCGCAGAAGCUUGUCAGGACUCUUCUCGGCUCGAGAUGGCCUGAUGACUCUGAGAGAUGUAUUCCGAUGGGCAAAACGUAUGACGACAGAUGAAACUACAGAUGAUUGGCUUCAAAUCCUUGUAAAUCAUGGAUAUUUCUUGCUCGCAGGAAGAUGUAGAAAUGAGAAGGAUGACGUCACAGUUGUAGAGACACUUGAGAAAGUUAUCAAACGGAAAAUUGACAAGGAAGCUCUAUUCUCACUGGAUUCUCCCUAUAUGCCACGAGAUGUUAUCACUGAAAAGGUUGUGCUGACACUUGGAAUGCGAAGAAUGCUGGUGCUCACGGAGCAAGCUUGGCUCCGUAACGAGGCUGUACUGAUGGUUGGAGAGACUGGAGGUGGUAAAACGACACUGUCGGAAGUUGUUGGAAGAGGAAAACUUCGGAGUAUCAAUUGUCAUGAGAGAACUGAAACUGCUGAUCUUCUGGGAAGACUGAGGCCUAAGCAGGAUGGAGGAUUCGAGUGGUCUGAUGGAGUUGUGAUUAGUGCGAUGAGAGAUGGUGUUCCACUACUGGUUGAUGAGAUUUCUCUUGCUGAAGAUUCAGUGUUGGAACGACUCAAUCCACUGUUCGAAGAAGAUCGAGCACUUCUCCUUUCCGAUGCUGGAACUGACACUGAAGUUGUCGAGUCGAAACCCGGAUUCCAAAUGAUUGCGACAAUGAAUCCAGGUGGAGACUAUGGAAAGAAGGAACUAUCGAAAGCGCUGAGAAACAGAUUCACGGAAGUUUGGACGUCAAGUGACUAUACAACAUCGGAACUUGUCACUAUUUUCGAUCAGAGGCUCGCGAGAGUCGAUGCGACGAGGGAAGAGGCAAGGAUUACGCCGACAAGGACAGCCACCACGAUUGUCUCGUGGAUUGCCGUGUUUUUUGGGAAAUAUUCACAUGUUUUUAGACAUGCUCCUUCUGUCCGUGACGUUGUUGCGUGUGCCGAACUCUACGCCUCCGCGAUGCAAGCUCAAAUUGAGAACACGACUGCUAUCAAAGAUGCUCUUUGUGCAGUAUUUCUCGACUCGUUGGCUGGAUUGACAACUCGUCUUCACAUUGAUCCGGUUGAAGUGUUUGAUGAUGCUCUCACUAUGCUUCACUCGGAACUUGUGAAAACACAACUACUCGGACAGCUUUCGGAUGUGCAAAAGUUUAUUGGAGAAGCCAAAAAGGAUGCUCUCAUUGAACAUGCCUCACAGCACCUGAACGUUGGACAUCUCCGUGUUCCAUUCGGACCAGUGACCCCCAAAAUUCCAAAAGCAUUCUCCCUAAAAGCGCCAACUUGUGCUGAAAACUUCUACCGAAUCGCCAGAGGACUUCUGAUCAGCAAACCGAUUCUUCUCGAAGGAGCUCCAGGUUGUGGAAAAUCGUCGACAGUGAUGGCGCUGGCUCAGCUCACCGGAAAUCCGAUUACCCGGCUCAAUCUCAGUGAUCAAACUGAUCUUUCGGAUCUUUUUGGAAGUGAUGUUCCUGUGUUAACUGAAGAUGGAACUAUGACGUUCCGUUGGGAAGAUGGUCCAGUGCUCAAGGCGAUUAAGAAGGGAGAAUGGAUUCUGUUGGAUGAGAUGAAUCUGGCUUCACAAUCGGUUCUCGAAGGUCUCAACGCGUGUUUCGAUCAUAGAAGAGUUCUGUACAUUGCCGAGUUGAACAGGGAAUUCGAGAUUCCAGCGACAUCCAACUGCAGAUUCUUCGCUUGCCAGAAUCCUCGGGUUCAGGGAGGCAAUCGACGUGCUCUUCCAAAAUCAUUUAUCAAUAGAUUCACAAACAUUUAUACAAAUGAUUUGACGAAGAAUGACAUUGAAAUUGUGCUCAACGGAGUUGAUGAGAAGAGCCUUCUGCGAACGGAGCAGCGAAGUGCGAUGGUGGCGAUCAGUGAGCAGCUGGAGCAGAUAUCCGGAAGCUUUAGUGGAGGCCCUCAUUCGUUCAAUUUACGAGAUCUUCUGAGAUGGUAUGACUUGCUGGCGGCUGGAAGAACACUUGGUGAAGCAUUCGAGCUGGUUUAUAUGACACGGACCCGUCGGGAGGAGGAUCGGGAGCUGAUGAGAUCGAUUUUUGAGAAGAUGAUGGAGGAGAAGCUUGUGACGAAGGCAUUGAAUCUCACCGUAGACGAGAAGGAGAUGAGAAUCGGAAAAUGCUCGCUGAAACGGAAAACCCAGCAACUUGGAGUGCAGAGCCCUCGAAAAAGCCUAGAAAACCGACUUUUCGCCUCACAAACCAUUCUGAUGCACCAAAUCGCCACUUGCGUUGAGCUUAACUGGCUCGCGUUGCUCGUUGGACCUAGAAAUUGUGGAAAGCGUUCUGUAAUCGAGAAUGUCGCGAACCUAUGUGGAAAACGUCUCCGAACUAUUGCUCUGAACGCUGACACGGAUGCUCAAGAGCUCAUUGGAAGUUAUGAGCAAGUUGUCGAUGAAGAUUGUCUUCCGAUUGCCAAGAAGCAGAUUGUCAAGAUUUUGGAGCACAAAGAAGCACCGGAAGCUUUCAUUGAAAAAGUGAAAAAUGCGGGAGAUCUUAACAAACUUGAAGCCACAGUUGAACUGAUUCUUUCUGAAAUUGGAAACAUUGAAGAGAUUCAAGAUGUUCUCAACAUUGCAAAUCAGAGCUCGAUGCGAUUCGAAUGGACUGAUUCUGUAUUCGUUGAUGCUUAUCUUCACGGUGAUUGGCUUCUCAUUGAAGAUGUCAACUUGUGCAGUGCCGCCGUCCUAGAUCGUCUGAAUUCGUGUCUUGAAAGUGGUGGAAAGCUUGUCGUAGCUGAACGUCAGAACUCUUACGAACCACUGGAACCUCAUCCGGAUUUCCGAGUUUUCUUGUCGAUGGAUGCCCGAGUUGGAGAGAUCUCAAGAGCAAUGAGAAACCGAAGUGUGGAGAUUUAUAUCGAGGAUGGUUGGAAUCUAUGGCCGGAUGAUGUGCGAACUGUGGUUGGAUCGAAGAUGAGCUCUGAAUUGAGCAGGAUUGUUGCUCGAGACUUGACAGUGGAGCAGCAACUUCACCUGGCGGCACUUUUACAAGAGAAUGGAGAGCAUUUUUCGAUGGAUCUUGCUUUAAAGCUUGUUGGAGCUGCUCAGAAAGAUUGGAAAGAUCAGGAAAUUGAAGAAAAUGAGGAAAUUGAAGAAGAGAUUCUCGUUGAAAAAUUUGCGAUUGCACCUAAAAUCCUGGAAAUUUGCAAUCUUAGUGGAGAAUAUGAAAAGUUUUGGAUUUCGACGUGGCAACGAGCUGCGGCUAACACGAAAACUGCAAAUGUUGAGGCAAUUCUCAUGACAUUCCUCUCCUCGAGCCCUUGGAUUCUUCAGAAUCUUUUGGAGAAUUUGAAGGGAUUUUUUGGAGCCGCUGCUGUUGACUCUAUGAUCAAGAGAAUUCCUGCAAAUCUUCUGAAAAGUAACAAACGUCAUCUGAUUGAUUCGUCGUUCUCCUCAGCAUCUCGAACAGACGUGGAUUCAAAGUUCAGCCGAGCUGUGCUCUUUGAAUGGAUUCUUCAAAUGAUAUCAAAAAUUCCAGCUGAUCAUGGAUCUGCUGAACAUCUAAGCAGUACAAUGACCAAAUACGAAAUUGCCACCUGUGACGUCACUUUCAACAAUCUUCCACAAAUCGCCACACUGGUUCGAUCAAUUAUUGAAACUUUCAAAACGAGCCCAUCAAUUUCCACAAAUGCAUAUCGUGAAGUGUGCAUUUCAAUCUCCUACCUCCUACUGGUAGCUGCUUCACGUCGAAAAUUGACGACAAGAACCGGAUGUGCUGCAAUUUAUUUGGCAUGGAACGAUCUGAAGAACGAAGCCGCCAAGACUUCAGGAAUCAAUUGCUCAAAAACCCUCCUGACCGCCAGCGGAAAGAUCAACGAAGGAUGGACUUCUGAGUCUUAUGAGACAUUUGUAAAUGAGUAUAUCCAUCGAUGGAGGAAAUUUGGAAUGUGCUCACCAUUCUGUAAUGAAGACGAAACUCGUGUAUUCUUGGAGCACAUCGAGAAGCUUCUCGGAGAGGAUACAGAAGAGUCCGCUGACGUGGAAAUGAUGGAUGUUGAUUCAGAUGAUGAAGCUGAAGCAAAGAAGCCUCUUGCGAUCUCUCCGAUUGAAGUAUCGAGGAAUGUGGUGGACAGUGUUGAGGCGUUAUUUGAAUUCUUGUCCAGUGGAGUCGUUGAUCAGGAGAAUGAGGUGUUCAAGAAGAGUAAUGUGUUCUCUGGAGUGUCAUGGAAGGAUUCGGCGAAUGCUCGAUGGAUCCGUACAGCUGCGGUGCUGUGUGCCAGUGUUGCAGUCUGCAAGCUUAGUGAGGAGGAGAUGGAAGAGCAGAACAUCCUGGUCUCCGAUCUUCUAUCGAUCGGCGGUGGAGCUCAUUGUCUGGCGACUCGGCUGUUCUUCUCCGCGCUUCACUUUAAUCCAACAAUGUCGAAUUUGAGCAUUGCUCACCUGCAAAAGUUUCCGAUCAAGGAGCUUGGAACUAAGCUUUGGAGGCUUUCAGUCAACUCUUCGUUGAUUCGUGAUCAGUUGAAGCAGGCUCUGGAGCAUUUGGGAGUUGGAAUCGAGGGAUGGGCUGGUGGAGCAGGUGGAUCCAAUGGAAUGGAACGUGGAAUUGAGAUGAUGGAGUCUGCGUUGCCACCGAGAGAAACUCUGGAUCCUGUGAUCUUUGAAGAGGAACGGAUGCUCUUCGUGAAAGCCAAGAGAAGAAUCGUUGAACGUCAACUGAAAUAUCUCGCGGAAUGGAGAAAUCUCAUUGGCAGACAAUCCCCAGAUUGUGAUUACUCGUCAUCUCAAGUCAUUAUUCAAGGAUUGAAUGAUCUUCGUCAAGAGCUCGCCGAGCUGGAAUCGGAGGAAGGAGAUCAGCAGCCAGUGGUCUAUCGACAAUCGGCAACCCAGUACAAUCAACUGUGCUCGGAGCUUCGAUCGUUCUUGGAGCUCGCGAAAUCGUCGAUUUCUGAUGCUCAGAGUAGCCAGGAAGAGUCCAAUGAGAAGAUGAUGACGAUUCGAUUGGCGAGGAUCAAGUCGUUUGCGAUGAGCGCUGAGAAUUUCAGAAUUAGUAUACUCCGAAAAUUCGUGUCCUUCGUCGACGUCUCAAUGCCAUUCAUCGCCGGUCUCCUACUCGUCGAAAUUGCUUUCAACGAGAUUGCUCUGAAAUGGAAACAAGAAGCCAAACGGCAACAUGCAACAGCUUCAUCAGCCUUCCCACGAUUUCUGCAGACAGUUUCAAGCUCAUCUGGACUAAUUUCCAAUGAAGUCACCAAUUGGGCAAUUCGAGACGGUUCUCCAAUGCCACUUCAGUUGAAAUCUGCAGUUGUGAGGCGUCGGCUCGCGGAGCUCGAUGAAAAAUCAUCAAUUAUCGAGAUUCAAUGGACACGAGCACAAUGGAAAAAGUGGUACGAGAAGAAUAUCGCGAAAGCUGAGCAAAAAGAUUUUGUGUAUCGAACAAAGACGGAAGAGGAGAAGGAUGAGAUGGAUUUGGAGGAAUUUUUUGCGAAUCAUGAACAAGAUCAUCAGGUUCUGCCGGAUUGUGAUGUCUCGAUGUUGUUGGAGUCAGUGGAACGUAAGCGAUCAUCGUUAGUUGACGAGAAAAGCCGAAAAAAGUCGGACGAGCGGUACGAAAUGGCGAUGGUUUGGAUGAGAUAUGUGAUGAGUGAGGUUGGAGCAAUUCCGAUUGAUGAUGCCACGUGGAGCCAGUGUAUUGACGGAGAUCAAAAACUAUUCGAAGUACUAGCCGCCCAUGAAGGAUUAUCUGAUGAUGGUGGAGAUGGUGAGGACACGAAAAUCAUCGACGUCUACCGAAACUCUUCUCUCCGUGAAUGUCGUCGUGUCGCUGUGAUCCUUGAGAAGCUUUCGAUUCGAACAAAAGAAGUUCUGGAACGAUGGCCAGAAGUUGUUGCGUUGAAAACUAUUAUCGAGACGAUUGACGAGUUUUUCACUGUUUCUGUGUCAACUCCACAUAUUAAAGUGGCCACUCAAAUAGAGAAUCUCAUCGAAGUAUGUGAGCAAUGGGAAAUGAUGGCAGAUCGUGCAAAUUCGCUUCGAGACCCUCUUGGAGAACUACGAAAGUUGUUAGUUGAUUGGAAAAAGAUGGAAGUUAGAUGCUGGUCGAGUCUCCUGAUUAAUUGUGAAAAUGAAGCUAAACAACGUGCUCAACUCGUCGCUUUCCCGCUCUUUGAGUCACUUUUUGAAGCUUCUACGCCUGAAAUGGAAGCAGCUAUCAUUCCGAUGAGUAUUGAGUGGAUGCACAAUGCGACGCUGGUAGACUUUUCGACUCGAGUGCUCACUGUUGAAUCUCUGUCCCGAUGGGCUCGAAUUGCUGGAAAAAAGCCACUGGCUAUACAGCUCGAGGCUGCUUCUCGCCACUUUGGAAUCUUUGCUGAACGAGUUGAGCAGAAGCUUAAGGAGGCCCGUGAGCCGGCGGAGAAAAGCUUGAAGGAUUAUUUGAAAGUUGUCAAGUAUAAUGAUUUGAAUCUUUGGAAUAUUCGAGUCUCUUCGACGAAAGCGCAUGCUCAAUUGUACAAGAUUGUUCGGAGAUUUAAGGAUGCGAUUAAUGUAGAGUUGCACGACGAUUUUGGAGUUCUUCAGAAGGUUGAUGAGUGGAAACGGAAGGUUCUCCAGCAAAGAAAUGUGAGAGAAUUGCACUUAGAUGGAGAAGAUCUAGAAAAGAGGAUCAAGCAAGUUAAGAGGUUCUCCACUGAGAUUACCGAGAAAGUAUCAAUUCUGUGCGAUACGUCAGCCAUCGAAGAGCUCUUUGAGCAAACGAAGGCAGCCGAUGAAGCCAUCCGUACGAUGAUCAACUAUAUCGGAGAAGAUUCGGAAAAGGAGAAGCAACAGGGAUACGCCAGGAAUUCACGACAACGACAACUAGCAAUGAUGAUUAAAGAGUCACAGGCGAUUGGUUUGAAUGCCCGGAAAGCUGUACUUUUAGCUCAGGAAGAUAUCAAUCGAAGAUCAAUUGUGGGUAUCGUGUCGAAAGAAGAAUGUGAGAAAGAGAUGAGAAUUUGUGCUUCUGGAAGAAAUAUUGUGAUUCAAAAAGCGAAUAAGAUUGAUCAACAAGUCGGUGUAUCGACGAGAAAGCAUUUGAGUGGAAUGAUUGAGUACGGAAUGGUUUACAUGAUCACUCUUCAAGAAAACAUUGGAAAAUGGAAGUCACAAGUCGCAGAGAUCCGUGUGCAUUCUGAAGAGCUCCGAAUUAUCAGUGAGAAUCAGAGAAGCGACUGGAUUAUUGAUCAUGAAAUUGUGAAAGGACGAGUUGAAAAGAUCGGAGGCCUGAUUUCCACUGUUCAAGUGCUCAUCGGAGCCAUCAAGAGACGACUCGUCGCGAUUCCAGCGAAUGCAGAUGAAUUCAUCCGAACCAAAGAGCACCUACACCCACUCUCGAAGCUCUCGCAAACCGACGAGACUGCUCAGAAGCUUACAAAAUGGGCUGAAAAGCUGUCGACACUGAUUGGAAAUAUGAAACGAAGCAAUGAUCAGCUCUCGACGACGUUCAGCGUUGUAGACUACAAUUCCUACACCACAUGGAUUUCUCAGAUCAAUGGAGAUUCUCAAGAGCUUCUUACGGAUCUUCAACUGUUCUCUGGAUUCUUUGAAACUGAGAAAAUUCAAAUUGUGAAGCUUCUCGACGAAAUUCCGAGAUGGGCGAAGAAGAUUGAUACUUUUGAAGCUGCUGAAGAAUCGGAAACCGAUGUUACAGAACUGCUCCUGCUUGUUCAAAGGAUCUAUAAGAAGCUGGAUGGAGUUAAGAAGGGUGAAGAGGACAAGGCUCUUGAUCAGAUUCAGGUUCUUGUGGAUGUUCUGAAGCAGUGUGAUAUUCAAGCAGUUGUGAAAAGUCUGAAAUCGAUUGUUGAGGAGCAUUGCAGCGGAGAAAAGCGUCGGAAGAACUUGGAAGGGCUCGCCGAGCUCGCCGGAAUCACUGCGGAUAUUGUAGAGCAAAGUGUGAUUCAGCUGACUAAUUGCCUGGGAUUCUUCUCCGUGUUCUACCAUGCGAUGCUCUCGAUGACUAUGCAACUCUAUGAGAAAGGAUAUGUGAACACGAUUCCUAAAGCGGAGAAGCAAGAAUCUGGAGAAGGACAAACUGAUGAUAGUGGAGAAGGAGGUGGAAUUGGAGAAGGUGGAACUGCCAAGGAUGCUAAGGAUGUCACUGAAGAGAUGGAGGAGACUGGACAGAUUGAAGGUCUUGAGGAUGAGCAACCGGUGGAUUCGGAGGAGCAUGAGGCUAAGAAUGAUAACGAGAAGCCGAUUGAUAUGGAGGAUGACUUUGCUGAAGAUCUGCAGGAUAUCGAUAAGAACGAGAAGGGGGAUCAGAAUGAUGGUGAGGACGAGUCUGAUGAAGAGCCAGAUGUUGAAGAUCAAAUGGGAGAUGUUGAGGAGGAGGAUGAGAAGCAGCUGGAUCCGAAGAUGUGGGAUGAGGAGGAAAAAGAGGAGCAGGAUCAGCAGAAGAAUAUGGAUCAGGAGCAGGAAGCGGCGGAAGAUCAGACUGAUGAGAUGGUUGCCAAGGAGGAUGAUGCUCAGGCUCCCAAGGAAGAUCCGAAGGAAGAUGGAAAGGAGGAUGAUCAGGUGGAAGAGGAUGAUGAUCAGGAAAAUGUGGAUGAACGGGAUCGCGAGAAUGAUGAGCGGCCUGAGGAUCAGAUGGAUACCUCCGACCCUUCCAAGGACGAUGAGAUCCCUGAGAAAGGAGAAAUCGAUGAGGCAGAGGAUGAGGAUGAUGGUGAUGAGACGGAUAAGGAGGAUGAGGAGGCUAUUGAAGGAGAUGGAGAAGAAGAUCAGAAUGAAGAUCAGAACGAUCAGGAGCUCGAAGAUCCCACCCAGACGAAUGAGGAGAAUGAGGAUAGUGAAGAGCAAAAGAAGGAGGAUGAAGCUCUGGAACAAGGCACGGGUGGUGAGAAGAAUGAUCAGGAUGAUAAUAAGGAUGUCGCUGAUGGUGGCCUGGCUGAGGAGGAGGAGAAGGAAGAUCAAGAGGAUCAGGAUGAGAAGGGAGAAGGAAAGAGCAAGUCGGAUCCGAAUGGAGAUGGAAGUAAGGGAGAAGCUCCGAAAGAGAAGGCUGAAAAGGAGGAAGAGGAUGAGGAAAAGGAGAAGGAUGACGAAGAGAAAGUGGAGAGGAAACGAGAGCUCGCAACAGAUGAUGCUCCGAUGGAAGAGGCUGAAAUGGGAGAUGGAGAGGAGAAUGAGACGGGACAGCAGAUGGAGAAUGCAGAGAUUUCCGAUCGACAGAUGGUUGGAAAGGGAACGAUUGAAGAGGCUCGGCAGACGAAGCGGGAGGAGAAGCGAGAGGAGGAGAAGAGGAAGCGAAGAGAGCUCAAGGAUGCUCUGGAAGGAACUGCUGGGGAGGAUGAUGGUGGAGAGGUGGAGGAUGAGAAUGCUGAGGAGAUCAAGGAGGCGCAUAUUCAUAUGGCUGCGCAUGAUAUGUUCCAUGUGAUCGAGGAAACUACGAAAGACCUGGUGACAGGAAUGAUCGAUGAUCCAGAAGAUCAAGAUCCACGUAGCUCCCAGCAAGGACCCAGUGACCGUCCAACCAACUCGAAAGCCGACGAACAAUGGGCUGCAAUGUCCCGAACUGUUGGAAUGCUCGCCGCUGAGCUCGCCGAGAAUCUGAGAUUAAUCCUUGAGCCACAAAGAGCCAACAAGAUGCAAGGAGACUAUCGAAGUGGAAAGAGGCUUAAUAUGAGACGGCUUAUUCCGUAUAUUGCUAGUGAAUAUCGAAAAGAUCGAAUUUGGAUGAGAAGGACGAAGCGGGCGCAGAGAGAAUAUCAGAUCCUGAUCGCCGUCGACGACUCCGAAUCAAUGAACGAGAACGGAAUCCAUCAAAACACUUGUGAAUCCGUAUGCAUUGUGGAAGAUGCUCUCCGACGUUGUGAUGCUGGACGUGUCUCUGUGUGCUCAUUCGGAGCCGACGUCAAUACAAUCAUUCCAUUCGGAGAAGCUUCGGCGAGCAGUAGCAUUGAAAUGCUCAAACAAAUGACAUUUUCGCAGAAGAAAACUGAUCUUUUAUUGCUCCUGAAAACUGCCAAGCAACAGCUCGACGAGAUGAGAACGGGAACUUCUGAGCAAAUGCUCAUUGUGAUUUCAGAUGGAAGAGGUGCUUUAUCACAGGGUGCUGAUAAGGUUCGAGCUCUUUAUUCGGCUCUUCAAGGUGUCACUGUGCUCUUUAUUGUGUUGGAUUCGGGAAAGAAAUCGAUUGAAGAUCAUACGGUUGCAUCGUUUAAGGAUAAUAAAGUGGUACUCACGCCAUACCUCGCCCUGUUCCCGUUCCCAUUCUACGCUCUCGUCAAAUCAGUUCAACAACUACCAUCGGUGAUUGCCGAAUCGAUUCGUCAAUGGUUCGAAAUGACGACGACACAUCAUAGUUGAGAGGCUACAAACUACAGACUGCAAACUACACACAUUUAGUCAUAUUCUUGUUUUUUUGUUACUACUUUACUUUAUACCUUUUUAUCAUCAUUUUUGUUACUUUUUUUCGAAAACUGUUUUUCUCACUUCCCUACUCCUUUUAUCGUCAUUUUUUUAUGAGUUGUUACUUUUUUUUUGAAAUUUUCCCCCUUUUUUGUUAUUUUUUGUUCAUUGUUCAUUGUUUUCACAUUGGUUAGUCGAAUUAUCAUUAUCAUUAUAUCUAUUAAAAAUUUGAAAUUUU